GUUCAAAAAAAUAUUAAAUAAAAAUAGUUUGUUUUUUUUUUACCCUUUUUUUUUUUGCAUGGGGCAAGACAUUUCAAAAGAGUUUUUUUCCAAAAUACCCCAGCGUAUCAAAGAUGAACUGCAUCUUGCUCAUUUUGAGUUAAAACGUGAUUUGUCGCAAAUUUCAAAGGAAGCUGCAACUAUUAAGGAUGUUGCAUUGAUUAGUUUUCCUCAUAUUAGAGAAAUUGUUGCUAACUUGAAUUCUAUAUUAGAAAACUAUUGUGUCAAUGAUAAAGAGAAAGUGGUUUUUGGAUUGAGAAAUGUUGAAGAAAGUUUUUUCUGGAAAGCUUUUAUAAAAAUUAUCUGUUUUAAGAUCGAUGUCGAAGAAAAUACAAUUAAAGUUGCACGUGUUUUAAAUUUACACCAAUUCUGGAAACUUCGUGCUUCAUUGCUCUGUGAAGUAAAAUUUAAGUACAAUUUAAUAAGUGAUGGGUUUGAAAUUGUUAAUCAUUCUGAUAUUGAUUCUGAGGAGGAACAUCCUCGGGCAACAAUGGAUUUAAGUUCCCAACAUGAUGUUGAUUUUCCUGAAAGAUUUACUUUUUCAACUGUUUUAAAAAGACUAACAGAAGUCAGUGAAAAUAUUGAUGAAUGUAUGAUCUGCAUGGAUAACAAAAUUGAAGUUUCUUUGAAAUGUGCGCAUAGCUUUUGUGCUCAGUGUAUUAGCAAAUGGAAUAACGGUUCGCACUCUUGCCCCAUAUGCAGAGAUCUUAUAUUCAGUGCUGAAGAAUUCUGGGAGUUUGUUGACAUUCCAAGCGCUAAAGAAAUGAAUAAAGAGCUUUUAGCUUUAGCCGUUGGAUCAUAAAAUAUUUAAUGUUGUUUUAAUCGAUUUAACUUGUUAUUAAUCGACACUCUAUAAUCUAUUGAUUACACUCAAUAAUA